UGAAAUAUAACAUAUUUAACCUUUACGGUUAACAUCGUGUACGCUUGUCCCUUACUAAUUAGGUUAAACAAAUGAUUUAUUGUUCUUUCAUUUACAUGUAAGUGCGAUGGAAGUAUUUUGUUCACACUUGGAUAGACUGUUUCGUCUUGAAAGAUAAAAGUGUCAUGAUGUGCGGUUGCAACGGAAUGAACGUGUCUGUCGUGUUGAUAGGGAUUAUCCUAUACACGUGCAUUCUCGGCGCAUGCGCACAGAGCAAUGGCUAUCCUCGUCGUGGCCGGAUAAUACGAAGAUUCCGCUCAAAUGAACUAGUUAUACCAUUUCAUCAUCAACAAAAUGGGAUUGACAUGCGAACUGGAAAAACGUAUGCUUCCGAAUCUUGCAGUGGAGAUUGUCCUCCUAAAUGGAUUGACUUAGUUCACGGUUUAACUGGUCUCAAUCCGAACAUAUCCCAUCCCAUGUGUGAGUUCUCCGAUGCGUUUUUGCCAUGUUCCGUGGAGGGGAAAGUUUGUCGGCAUAAACCUGUACAAUUCACGUGUUGCCCGACACGUUGUAUGCCUUCCGUGAAGGAGUGCUAUGGUGCACAGCCGCCCGAGUUCCUCUGCAUGCCUAAGAGUAUACAACCCUGGCUGCAGACUAUGUUCAGACUCAACAUCUGGGGACCGCAGAAUUAAUAAACAACCGCAGAAUAAAACAUGAAACUUUUUUUAAUUCUUGAUAUUCCGUAAGAUCCCAUAUCAAAUGAAAAUAAAACUAAUUUAGUACCAAGACAA